GAAUAGAAGAAGGGGAAGAAUUUUGGGUUGGAAAGAAAGAGCUGAAACAAUGGGCAGAAAACCAUGUUGUCUCAAAGAGGGAGUUAAUAGAGGAGCAUGGUCUUUCAAAGAAGAUCAACUUUUAAGCAACUACAUUAAUCUCCAUGGUGAAGGACAAUGGAGAACUCUCCCUCAAAAAGCCGGUUUGAAUCGAUGUGGGAAGAGCUGUAGGCUACGAUGGAUGAAUUACUUGAAACCUGGUAUUAAGAGAGGUAACAUUUCUCCUGAUGAAGAAGACCUUAUCAUUAGACUUCAUCGUCUUCUUGGUAACAGGUGGUCUUUGAUAGCCGGACGGCUCCCAGGACGAACAGACAACGAGAUCAAGAACUACUGGAACACCAUACUAUCAAAAAAGUUGAAUGCCGAUGUUUCAAAGAAAACAUCUGAAAGUGAAGACAUGAAAUCUAUCGAAAAAUAUUUAUCGGCCGGCAUUAUUACUCCGGUUGUACCAAAGGCCACUCGUUGCACUGGGAUUUUCUUCUCAUCUGACGAAGUUCAACACUUGAAGAACAACCAAUGCCCUCCUUUGUCAACCCCGACGGAUACCGAUGAUGGGUUAACGUUGGAAUCUUCCAAGGAUAACGAUGUUCCCGACAUGGAUAACGCUUUGGAUGACUUUGGUUUCUCACAAAAUGGGAUAGCGGACGUGUUUGAGAACAGUAACAUGCUCGAAAGAGAUGAGCUUGCACCAAUGUUUGAAACGAAGUUCAAUAAUGACUUAUCAUCUUUGCUUGAAUUCGAAGAUGAUUGGACAAAUUUUUUGUAG